AUGGCUGAGGAUUCUGGCAAGGCAACCGCUGAAAAAAGUGUGCGGCCCAAGUACUCUAAGGCAUGGGAGCAUUUUACUUUAAAUGCUGCAAAGAAGGUUGUAACCUGUAACCUAUGCAAAAUGGAGCUUGUGUGGCACGGAAGCACAACCGUGAUGAACCAGCACAUGAAAAGGAAACAUGUGGGCUUCACGGAGGAAGGUGAAACAUCAGGACGGAAGAAACAGCGUACCAUGACAGAUUUUGUGCAACGAAAUCCCCAGUGCACUCCACAACAAGCAAAGCUUAUAACCAAUUCCAUUCUGAAAAUGCUGGUCACUGACAUGCGACCACUAUCCAUGGUUGAAGACCAAGGAUUCCAAAGCAUGCUGCAAAGAACACCGUACUUUAUAAUAAAAAUGGCUGAGGAUUCUGGCAAGGCAACCGCUGAAAAAAGUGUGCGGCCCAAGUACUCUAAGGCAUGGGAGCAUUUUACUUUAAAUGCUGCAAAGAAGGUUGUAACCUGUAACCUAUGCAAAAUGGAGCUUGUGUGGCACGGAAGCACAACCGUGAUGAACCAGCACAUGAAAAGGAAACAUGUGGGCUUCACGGAGGAAGGUGAAACAUCAGGACGGAAGAAACAGCGUACCAUGACAGAUUUUGUGCAACGAAAUCCCCAGUGCACUCCACAACAAGCAAAGCUUAUAACCAAUUCCAUUCUGAAAAUGCUGGUCACUGACAUGCGACCACUAUCCAUGGUUGAAGACCAAGGAUUCCAAAGCAUGGUCAGUGUACUAAACCCCGGAUAUACUCUUCCCUCAAGAACUCAUUUCACCAAACUAGUGGAGAGGAAGUACCAAGAGGCAUUUCAGAAUGUGAAGGAUGCCAUCAGCGCUAAUGACUGCAGAAUUGCUUUUACAGCAGAUAUUUGGACAAGUGUAGCUACUGAGGCUUACCUUGGCAUUACAUGCCACUAUAUAGGGGAUGACUGGAAGCUGUCUUCUCUCUGUCUCACUACAAUGCCUGUUGAAGACAGACAUACAGCUGCAAACAUCGCAGAAUGGAUAGAGGAGGUCGCCGCAAAGUUCGAGAUUCCAGAUAAAAAAAUAAUUGCCAUUGUACAUGACAGUGGUGCAAAUAUUGUGGCUGCUGUAAAAAUCCUAGAGGACAAGCAUGGGUGGGCCAGUAUUCGCUGCACUGGCCACACAUUACAGCUGGUGAUCAAUGCUGCGUUAAAGCACUCUGGAAUUCAAAGAGCUGUUGGUGCUGCAAGAGGACUUGUUGAGCAUUUUAAAAAAAGUGAGCUAGCCAGCACUAAGUUAAAGGAAAAACAGAAGCAGAUGGGUACGCCAGAGCACAAACUUCUUCAGGAUGUAAGUACUAGAUGGAAUAGCACUUACUAUAUGGUCGACAGACUUAUUGAACAAAGGUGGCCCGUAACUGCCACUCUGUCUGACCCAUCUGUUACUCAAAGGGGCAAACAUUAUUUGGAGUUAAAGCCAGAACAGUGGAAUCUUCUUGAAGAACUUUCAACCGCACUUAAGCCUUUUGAAUGCGCCACUGUAUUCAUGAGUGGCCAAGAAUAUGUAACUGUAUCUUCCAUGCCUGCACUUGUGAAGGGGCUGUUAAGGUCCAAUGAGGUUGCCUGUUUUGAAUCAUCUCCCCUGAAGAGCUUCCAAGCCACAGUAAAAGACCAGCUUCAAAGCAGAUGGAAGGGGAUCCUUUUUGAAGACAUCCCAAACAUUGUUGUUGUUUCCUCUGCCCUGGAUCCACGAUUUAGGAGACUGAAGUUUUUAACACCAGAGCAAAUUAUAAGUGUACAGGCAAAAGUGCAGACAGAGGCGCUGACUGUAAAAAGGAUGAUGUUGCAGCAGGAAACAACCUCUUCGCCUGUAGCGACAGUUGACGUGCCCUCAACAUCUGCUGCUUCUCUACUUGACUCACUCCUUGAGUCUGGGGGCAGCAGUGAAGAGGAGACUAGAGAGGGGAAACUUGAGGAGGAGGAUAUUCAUACUCAAGUACAAAAUGAGGUCCAGUCUUAUUUUGCAGAGAGGCCCCUUGCCAAGGAGAGAAACCCUUUGAAUUGGUGGAACACCAACCAACAUAAAUAUCCUACCUUGGCAAAACUGGCAAAAUCCUACUUGUGCAUCCCAGGCACCUCCACUCCAUCAGAGCGCCUCUUCUCUGCUGCAGGCAACAUUGCUUGCAAAAAGAGAGCCUGCCUCAGCCCUGAGCAUGUGGACAUGUUGACAUUUUUGCAUUCUAAUGCAAAGUUUCUUGAACAGUAA